GGAAGAAUUAGGAACCGGCCCUGAAAUUUUCCAAUGGGUCGGAAGAAGCCGAAUGCUCGAGGUGGAGAUGCUGAGCAGCAACCACCUGCGUCAUCUCUCGUUGGUGCUACUAAAUCUAAGAAGAAAGGUGCUCAAAUUGAUGACGAUGAGUACUCAAUAGGUACAGAGCUGUCUGAGGAGUCUAAAGUUGAGGAAGAGAAGGUGGUUGUUAUCACUGGGAAGAAGAAGGGUAAGAAAGGGAAUAAGAAGGGUACGCAGCAGGAUGAUGACGACGAUGAUAAGUUUUCUGCUGCGGGGGAGAAAAACGAUGUUCCAGAGAUUGCUUUUGUUGGGAAGAAGAAGUCGAAAGGUAAAAAGGGCGGUGGUGGCUCUGUUAGCUUUGCCUUGCUUGAUGAUGAAGAUAAUAAGGAGGAAGCUGAGGAUAAUGAAUCUGAUGGUGACAAAGAUGAUGAGCCAGUUAUAAGUUUUACAGGUAAGAAGCAUGCGUCUAACAAGGGUAAAAAAGGUGGUAAUUCAUUUGCGGCUUCAGCUUUUGAUGCACUUGAUGAAGCCGACGAAAAUACAAUUGAAGAUGAAGAGAUCCCUGAAAUAACGUUUUCAGGUAAGAAGAAAUCUUCUAAAAAGAAGGGCGGCAGUGUUUUGGCCUCAUUAGGUGAUGAUGACACAGUUGACGAAACUAAAACUUCUGAUACUAAGAGUGCGGAGGUUGUAGAUACUGGAAAGAGUAAGAAAAAGAAGAAGAAUAACAAGAGUGGAAGGACAGUAGAGGAAGAGGAAGAUUUGGACAAAGUUCUUGCAGCACUUGGAGUGACCCCUGCUGCUUCAUCGACGCCCGAAGAAGAGACAGUUCAAGCUCAGCCUGGGCCAGUUGCACCUGUAGAUAAUGCUGGUGAGAAGGAAGGAGAAGAAGAGACUGUUGAGACUGCUGCAGCGAAGAAAAAGAAAAAGAAGAAAGAGAAAGAGAAGGAAAAAAAAGCAGCAGCUGCUGCAGCAGCAACCUCUUCUGUAGAGGCUAAGGAGGAAAAACAAGAAGAAUCAGUAACUGAGCCACUACAGCCGAAGAAGAAGGAUGCAAAGGGUAAAGCAGUAGAGAAGAAAAUUCCUAAACAUGUUAGAGAGAUGCAAGAGGCUCUUGCAAGGCGGCAAGAAGCCGAAGAGAGAAAAAAGAAGGAAGAAGAAGAAAAAUUGAGGAAGGAGGAAGCGGAGCGCCGCAGGCAGGAAGAGCUUGAGGCUCAAGCUGAGGAGGCCAAGCGUAAGAGAAAGGAAAAGGAAAAGGAGAAACUGUUGAGAAAGAAGCAAGAGGGCAAGCUUUUAACAGCAAAGCAAAAGAGUGAAGCUCAAAAGAGGGAGGCUUUUAAGAACCAGCUACUGGCUGCUGGUGGAGGUCUUCCUGUUGCAGAUAAUGAUGGUGAUGCUACUUCCUCAAAGCGUCCCAUUUAUGCCAACAAGAAAAAAUCAGCUCGCCAGAAAGGCAUUGACACUUCUGUUCAGGGGGAAGAUGAGGUAGAGCCAAAAGAGAAUCAAGCAGAUGAACCAGAUACUUUAGGUGAAGUGAGUUUAACAGACACUGGAAAGGUUGAUUUAAUUGAGUCAGUAAACACAGACGAAAAUUCAGGACCUGCUGAUGUAGCUCAGGAGAAUGGGGUUGAAGAAGAUGACGAAGAAGAUGAGUGGGAUGCGAAAAGCUGGGAUACUGUUGAUCUUAACCUUAAAGGUGAUUUUGAUGACGAAGAGGAAGAAGCUCAGCCUGUGGUUAAGAAAGAAUUAAAGGAUGCCAUAUCAAAGGCGCAUGAUUCAGAACCUGAAGCUGAAAAACCAACAGCUAAACCAGCAGAUACAGGCAAGCCAAUAAUAGCUGCCGCAAAAGCUACGCCUGAAGUGGAAGAUGCUACACGGACAAAACGUGCUACCCGAGCAAAAGAUGCCUCUAAGAAGGGUAAAGGCUUAGCUCCAAGUGAAUCUAUAGAGGGUGAAGAAAAUCUCCGCUCUCCCAUUUGCUGCAUCAUGGGUCAUGUCGAUACUGGUAAAACAAAGCUGUUGGAUUGCAUCAGAGGAACCAAUGUACAGGAAGGCGAGGCUGGAGGUAUUACUCAGCAGAUUGGUGCAACAUAUUUCCCAGCGGAGAACAUCCGAGAGAGGACCAGGGAACUGAAAGCCGAUGCAAAACUCAAGGUGCCAGGUCUAUUGGUUAUUGAUACACCUGGUCACGAGUCCUUCACGAAUCUGCGGUCAAGAGGUUCAAGUUUGUGUGACCUUGCGAUUUUGGUGGUUGACAUAAUGCAUGGGUUAGAGCCACAAACCAUAGAAUCUCUAAAUCUUUUGAGGAUGAGGAAUACAGAGUUCAUUAUUGCAUUGAAUAAGGUGGAUAGGCUAUAUGGAUGGAAAACAUGCAAGAAUGCUCCUAUCGUGAAGGCAAUGAAGCAGCAAGAAAAAGAUGUUACAAAUGAAUUUAAAAUGAGGCUGACUGAUAUUAAAAACCAGUUCCAGAAGCAAGGACUCAACACCGAGCUUUAUUACAAGAAUAAAGAAAUGGGAGAAACUUUCAGUAUUGUUCCUACUAGUGCUAUUAGCGGGGAAGGGGUCCCAGAUCUCUUGCUGUUAUUGGUUCAAUGGGCUCAGAAAUCAAUGGUUGAGAAACUUACAUAUGUUGACGAAGUGCAGUGUACUGUCCUUGAGGUCAAAGUUAUUGAAGGCCAUGGUACAACAAUUGAUGUUGUGUUGGUAAACGGUGAACUCCAUGAAGGUGAUCAAAUUGUCGUUUGUGGGCUACAGGGACCUAUUGUCACAACGAUUAGAGCAUUACUGACUCCUCAUCCAAUGAAGGAGUUACGGGUGAAGGGUACUUAUCUGCAUUACAAAGAAAUAAAGGCUGCACAGGGUAUCAAGAUUACUGCCCAGGGCCUUGAACACGCAAUUGCUGGUACUGCCUUGCAUGUGGUUGGACCUGAUGAUGACAUCGAGGCAAUUAAGGAGUCGGCUAUGGAAGAUAUGGAAUCGGUUUUGAGCAGGAUUGACAAAAGUGGUGAAGGAGUUUAUGUACAAGCGUCUACAUUAGGGUCAUUAGAAGCAUUGCUUGAAUUCUUGAAGUCCCCAGCUGUAAAGAUACCUGUCAGUGGUAUUGGCAUAGGGCCUGUGCAUAAGAAGGAUAUAAUGAAGGCGGGAGUGAUGCUCGAGAAGAAAAAGGAAUAUGCUACAAUUUUGGCUUUUGAUGUGAAAGUGACUACAGAAGCUCGUGAACUUGCAGACGAAAUGGGAGUUAAAAUUUUCUGCGCUGAUAUCAUCUAUCAUUUAUUCGAUCAGUUUAAGGCUUACAUUGAAAAUAUCAAAGAGGAGAAAAAGAAGGAAUCAGCUGAUGAGGCAGUCUUCCCAUGUGUCCUUCAGAUUUUACCUAACUGUGUGUUCAAUAAGAAAGACCCAAUAGUCCUCGGAGUUGAUGUCGUCGAGGGUAUACUUAAGAUUGGAACCCCAAUUUGCGUCCCUGGCAGAGAGUUCAUCGAUAUUGGCCGCAUUGCCUCUAUUGAAAACAACCACAAGCCUGUUGACUAUGCAAAGAAGGGCAACAAGGUGGCGAUAAAGAUUGUUGGUUCGAAUGCUGAAGAACAGAAGAUGUUUGGAAGGCACUUUGAUAUGGAAGAUGAGCUUGUGAGUCACAUAUCGAGGAGAUCUAUCGACAUACUCAAAACUAACUACCGGGAUGAAUUAUCGUUGGAAGAAUGGAAGCUAGUUGUGAAACUGAAGAACAUCUUCAAGAUACAGUAGAACAUUCAAAUGUCUACUUUGUUGCUUGAAACAACUCUCACAUGCCUUGUUAUACCGUGUCUGCGUCGAUGCAGAACAAACAGAUUCGUCGUUC